AUGUCGCCAUGUAGACUUGUGUUUGGAAAAAUAUGCCAUCUUCCGGUUGGGAUAGAGCACAAGGCUUAUUGGGCAGUCAGAGAGAUGAACAUGAAGCCUCAGGCCUGUGAAGAGGAGCGGAAGUUGCAACUGCAAGAGCUGAAGGAGUUAAGACUCGAAUCCUAUGAUGCUGCAAUGUGGUACAAGGAGAAAACCAAGUUGUGGCAUGAUAAGAACCUCCGGACAAAGGAACUGCAGGUUGGACAGAAAGUACUCCUCUUCCAGUCAAGGCUGAAGCUGAUGCUCGGGAAACUGAAGUCUAAGUGGACCAAACCGUACACUAUUGUGAGCCUCAGAGCUAAUGGAGUUGUGGAAAUUCAGGGAUGUAUGCCUGACUCUAUUCAUUUUCUUGUUAACGAUCAUAGAGUGUUUAGGGAUAGUUCGGAGCUGUGUGUGGUGGAAGAAGUCCCACUGCGCAUGCUCCCCACUAUCGCCUAG